UGCCAUAAAAGUCCGGAAAGGACAAGUCGUUUGUGUUGCUAAGCAACGAGUCAACAAAAAAAGACACGGCUGUAGUCAGAUGCAGAAAUGUCGUCAAGUUACUCUGCAAACCAGUAUGACAGCGCCUUCAAGCCGCAGCGGCUGCAGAACUGGUGUAAGACAAAGCGCUUCAAAGAGAGACCCACUGCACAGGACGGUCACACCACCUUCGUUGCCGAUGACAGAGGGCAUCUACUCCCAGGUGUGGUUAAGAGGGGCAGUGCAUGGCCAGAAUUUAAGGAGACGGGGGAUCUACCUGCUUGUAUCUCAGCUCACCGCAUCAAUCCUACAGGCCGCUCCGUGGAGGGUCUCAACAGACUGAAGUCCUGGGGCUUUGACGUACCGCACACUGGCAAGUCUCAGCCACACAGAGGCAGCAAAAACACAGAUGGGUUGCAAGAUGCUGGUGAGCAGACCAAUGGGGGUGAACAGCAGGAUGGCGCUGCCCCGUCCUCCAUUCACACAUCUGCAGCUGAAGCCCGUCCAGCAUCUCAGACCCGACCCGUCACUGGAGGCGAGAGAACUGCUAACCAGACAGACCAAGACUUGCAGGCAGUAGUGUUUGGAUCUGACGCUCAGCCUGCCAAGGACAAACAAGCUGUACAGGAUACUGAAGAGAAUGCAGCUUUGAGGCCUGCUACUGCAAAGGGAACAGGUAGCAGGCCCGAUACUGGCAAGGGGAAACCAGUAUGCAACGUGUCAGUAGUGAGCCAGGGAAAACCAUCAUCCUCCAAACAGAGAGACAGAGAUGCACAGCAAGACCAGUGACAUUUAAUUCUCUUAGUGGACGAGAAAAUACCUUCAAAAAAACAAACCUUGUAAGCCAAGUUUUGCUUAUUUUUAGCAUGGCUGACCAUACUCACAGUGGUUUUUGUUAUGGAUGUUUGACUCAUGAUGAUCAAUGACUGGAAGGUUUUUUAAUCCACAUUGUCAGUCUACAUCCACACACUAUUUCCUCUCACCUACUUCCUCUCUCUCUCUCUGUCUGGUUUCUACCUCUGUUGCGGUUAUUAGUUGCUGUUCCAUCUAGAAUGUCUGAUUGUUCUGUGAACUUGCCAGAUAAGAUAAGAGUUCCAGUGCCGUUAAACACUGCAAAAGAAUAAAGAUAUUGUUCUCUC